CACCAUUCUAAAAAACUCAAACGUAGCCCUUUUGUGUUUUCUCAAGCUCUCUUCUUCAUGCUGGCUCUUACCAUUCCCAUGGCCGUCGAUCACCACCCUUCCUCGUUGCCGUGGCAGCCCCGCCGCAGGCUCUCCCGGCUCCGCCGGCGGAAGGUGCAGACGGUGCGGCUGGGCGCUAAGAAGCCGCGCCGCCGAAUUUUCGGGCUCCUUAAGAUGUUUCGAAAGAUACGUUUAAGGUGGCUCAAGUUACAAUACGUUCGCAUGUUGAAGAGGCUGAAGGAACACUACCGAAACCUUGUUAAGGAUCUUGUCGAAGCUGGGUCCACCAUUGAAACCUUUCAGCAACGUCUUUUCAUCGAAAGCACUUUUGCAAUUCCCGUUGGGCUUAACUUGUCUACCUACCCUUCUCGUCUUGGACCAGAUCGCUCUCGAAUCUUCUUCAUGUAAAGUUUUUUUCUUUUUAUUUUCCUCUUAAACCUUCUCUCUAAUUUCUUUUAUCAUAUGUGUAUGUAUAUUGGAAGAUAAACUAUAAGGAAACCCAAGUUCCUUGUAUUUGUAUCCUUCCAUUUGUAUUAUUCUUGAAAAAAAAAAUUCUCCUUUCUUCUUCUUC